CUUUCUCUUGGUGCUAUCAUACCAAUCAGCUUCCAAAAAUGACAACGUACACAGACAAAGGAAAAAAGCCUGAAAGGGGCAGAUUCCUCCACUUUCACUCGAUCACGUUCUGGGUUGGAAAUGCCAAGCAGGCUGCCUCGUAUUAUUGCAACAAAAUGGGAUUUGAAGAAAUGGCCUAUCGGGGCCUGGAAACCGGCAGCAGAGAAGUGGUGUCUCACGUGAUAAGGCAGGACAAGAUCAUAUUUGUCCUCUCGUCUGCUCUCAACCCUGGAAAUGAAGAAAUGGGAGCGCACUUAGUGAAGCACGGAGAUGGAGUAAAAGACGUUGCAUUUGAAGUGGAGGACUGCAGCUUCAUUGUGCAGAAAGCUCAAGAGCGCGGGGCUGUGAUCGUAAAAGAGCCGUGGGUGGAGGAAGAUGAGCACGGGAGAGUGAAAUUUGCAGUCAUCCAGACGUACGGGGACACGACGCACACGCUCAUUGAGAAGCUGAACUACAGAGGACUCUUCUUACCUGGCUUUGAGGCUCCUCUCUUCAAGGACCUGCUGUUGCCAACGCUGCCAAGCGCGAAGCUGAACUUCAUUGACCACGUGGUGGGAAACCAGCCUGACCUGGAGAUGGUCCCAGUGGCAGAGUGGUACCAGAGGAACCUUCUGUUUCAUCGGUUCUGGUCCGUGGAUGACAAACAGCUGCACACUGAAUUCAGCGCCCUCCGGUCCAUUGUGGUUGCCAACUAUGAGGAGACGAUAAAAAUGCCCAUAAAUGAGCCUGCGGUGGGCAAGAAAAAAUCCCAGAUUCAGGAAUACGUCGACUAUUACGGAGGACCUGGGGUCCAGCACAUCGCUCUGAAUACCUCCGACAUUAUUGCAGCUAUCACAAACUUGAAACAGCGCGGCAUGGAGUUCAUGUCGGUUCCAGCCACCUACUACCAGCAACUGCGGCAGAGGCUGAAAACUGCCAAGAUUGAGGUUAAGGAGAGCAUCGACAAACUGGAGGAACUGAAAAUCUUAGUUGACUUUGACGAGAAAGGAUACCUGCUCCAGAUCUUCACCAAACCAGUUCAAGAUAGACCCACUCUCUUUCUGGAGGUCAUACAGCGCUAUAACCACCAGGGUUUUGGUGCCGGAAACUUCAAGUCUUUGUUUGAAGCUAUAGAAGCCGACCAGGAUGCCAGAGGAAACCUGACUCUCCUGACAUCAAACAUGGAAAAUAAUUUCAUCUAGAGCUUUCCAACAAGAGAUCAGCAGCAGCCACGAGCGCUGGUUGGUAUGAAAGUGCCCACGCACAGAAAAACAGCAGCAGCAACAAAACCAAAGAAAUUCCUAGUCACUUGGGCAAUUAACCCAUAAUCAGGCGUUACAAAUGCAGCAAAUUCAAAGUGAAGUUUAAAUUGACACGAAAUCUAAACCAAUUCUGGUACAGAAACAGAAACAUCUCAAACCUGCCAUCCUGAGAGGAGGAAAAGAAUUCAAAGAAAUCAAAUGCAUCUUUCACAAUCAGCUUUGUCUGAGUUCCCAAAUCACCACUGCAGGGCAUCUCUGAAUUAAAAAAAUGUUACAUAUGAGGUGAAGGAGGGGAAAUUACUGCUAAUCCUAAUAAAACUGAUUUUAACUCGG